CUGAUACCUUAAAUAAUUAAACCAGAACUUAACAUGUUUUUCUAUUCAAGUAUUAUUUACAAAAAGGUCACUUCCGGUUCCUCGUAGUAAGCACAACUUGAUCUGUCACUCGCAGUAAGAAAUAAACAGGUCUGUAAAGCACAAAUUCGGCCCCACAUGGAAUACUGUUCUCACCUCUGGGCGGCCGGCCGGCGGCUGACCGUAUUCAACGAAGAGCGUGUUCAGAGGAGUCGUUCGGAUUAACACCUUACAAUCGAGUACAGUCAGGGCUCAUAGCUUACUUUCGAGAGAGCGGUCCCACGGUCGGAUGAUGGCUGAUGUCUUACUCAACACGGCAGCUGUUGCCAGUGACUUUGCGCGCGCGCACGCCUUCGGUGCGCUUAUUCGUGCAAUACAAAUAGUGCGCGUAGUGAGACGAGAUGCUGGGUUUAGCGGCGUUCACGUUGCUACUGGCAUUUGGACUGGGCGAGUGUCUCCAGUAUGGAUCAGAAGUCGGUGCUCUAUCUGAGCUUCAACACGGCGUGCGCGGAAAACUUUACGCCGUAGACUCACGCACAGUUUACCUCAAGGACUUCAACUAUGACGGUGUUGGACCAGCGGCGUAUUUCUAUGUUGGGACAAGCAAGACCCCAAGCGCACGAGGUGCUGUAAGACUACGGGACGAGCGUGGCGGCGCUGGUCCUCUACGAAAGUACCGAGGAGAGAGUAUUACUUUAUCAUUGCCGGAUGGUUCCACCCUUAAGGACUACGCCUGGUUUUCAGUUUGGUGCGAUGACUAUUCCGUGAACUUUGGUUCGGUGGAGAUACCCAAGAGUUUGGAGUACCCCAAACCAGCAAAGGUUGGGGCACUACGUGGAGUACAUGGCGUGUCAUCGGACCCCAUAGUUGUGGUGGAUGCGCAGACCCUACUCAUUCCUAAUUUCUCUUAUGAUGGCGAAGCGCCCGAUGCAAAGUUCUGGGUAGGACGUGGCGACAAGCCAUCUCCGGAGGGGAUCCGAAUUCCAGACGAAAAUGGGAAAGAGACGCCACUUCGAAAAUAUGACAAGAAGACCAUUGUGUUAACGUUACCAGGGGAGCUGACUGUAUUUGACAUCGGACACUUUGCGAUCUGGUGCGAGGCUUUUACUGUAAACUUUGCCCACGUGACCCUGCCGCGUGCCGUCCUUUCCAACGUCCCGCCUAGCCUGAAGAUGCUUGGUGUAUCACCACAGUCAAAGCUGAACUGUGAAGUAUUAUAUGAUGACCUGGCAUUCGAAGUGAGGUGGGCGGUCGCUGGGGACAGUGUCGUCAUACAACUCGUCGCUAAACUAGAGGACGGUGAAUACAUGUCGUUCGGUAUUUCGGGCCAUCCAGAAAAGUCCCAAAUGAUUGGCGGCGAUGUUGGUGUGACUUGGAUCGACAAGGAAACGCUAAAGGGCUAUGCUGACGAUUACUUCCUCGAGGCCAAGAGCCAAUGCGCUGGUAGACACGGAUCUUGUCCAGAUGUAGUAUUUGAACCACACACAGGCUCCAUCCGUCUUCUGAAUGCGGCACUAGUCAACGGGUACUCGAUAGUGACAUACCAGCGACCUCUACGGGCUUCCGAUAAACUAGACUUGCCUAUAUUUACAAACGCCUCGCAACCGAUUAUCUGGGCUAUUGGACCAAUCAACUCGAAGGGCCAGGUUUCCUACCAUCAAUACUUUACUAAGGGCGACAAGUUUUUGGAGUUCGGUCGAGCUCCCUUAUGGAACUGUCCAAUGCCAGAAGGGGAAGAAGACGGUUCACCCCAGCUUGCUUCACCUACCACUAGGCUCCAGGAGCCUGACCGGGAAACCAGCUCUCAGGCUGUCAUCAAGCCAAAUCCAGUUCCUCCUCCUGCGUCAGUAGCCAAGUCUGUCCCCUGGGAAAUCCCCGGAAUAGAAUGCUAUGAACCACCAGAUGGUGUUUUUUACGCUCAAAUGGGACCUACAGGUGGCAAACAGGGGUACUCCGCUAUUACGGGCCAUGUCGGAUGGGGUAUAUCGUGGUACAUUAACGGUCUACUGAUACCAGAACUGACUCUUGUGAGAGGCAAAAAGUAUACUUUUGUUGUGGAGGGAGGCUCUAACUCAGCCGAGCCGGCGCGCUUUCAUCCAUUUUACAUCACCAAUGACCCUGUCGGAGGGUAUUUCCACAAAAACGACGCGGAGAAGAAGGGCGUUGAAAUAUAUGCGGGAGUACGUCGCACGCGCAGCGGUGAUCUAAUACCUACCGGCGUGGGUCGCCUUUGCAACUGGACCCCGGAUUCAGAAGGUCCUAGUGCCGAUGAGUAUCCCAGUUUCGGGGCCUACCAGCGGUCUCUUACACUUGUUUGUGAAGAAGGAAACCCGGGUGUAGUCACUUGGAUCCCAGACAAGAGUACACCGGAUACUGUAUACUAUCAGUGUUUCACACACAGACAUCUUGGUUGGAAAAUAAAUAUUGUUGAUGAGUGUGAUGCCACUGAAGCUGAGGAGAGUCGGGUUGUAGAGAGCGUAGCGCUGCCAACAGAUCUGCUUAGUGAAGAGUCGAUACAGGUACAGAGUCGCAUAAAACCGGAUUCUAGCUUUUUUGAUCAUCGCAAGAAAUUCGAAAAAAUAAUCAAUACGAAACAAAAUUAUAACGAUUUCAGUAGUAAAAAUGGUGAAGGCGGUCUCAAAGGAGAAAUUUACCCUGAACCUGAUAGAAAAUUAUAUACAAACGGACACGAGUAUGAAUUGCCAAUAUCUCAUGGACAAAUUAAAGAUGUUAUAGAAGCAGUGGAGAGUUUAGAAGAAACAAUGAAUGGCGAUCUCCAGAAAAACUCCACUAAUCCACUAACCCCACAACAAUAUCAAGUAUAUGAAGAUGUUAAGGAAAGCUUUGCUUCAGAAUUACCGAUAAGAGGUGAUGAGUAUGUCAUUGAAACCAGCAAAGUCCCUGAAACUUUUAUGUUGCCUCCGAACCAAAAACCGCAAACACUUCAUGCUGUUAUGCGACCAAACUUACAAAACAAACCAAUGGGAAAUAUGCGACCACCAUAUAGGCGUCCCGCUCCACCUGAAAUUAAACUACGUAGGCCUUAUCCCGCCUACCCAAAAAGCAAUACAGGUUAUCCGUUACCAAUGCCAAAUCCACAUAUAUCUCAUGGAGUUCCCAAAAAACCAAACAAGUACCCUAAUACCAGACCACCAAUGAAUGGAAAUAGACAGACACAAAUGCCGAAUAUUCCUCCAAUGAAAGCCAUGCCACCGCUUCACCCACAUAAGGCUUUCUUUCAACAGGGGCCGAAACCUGCACAAAAACCGACAAAUAACUUAGCACAGUCGGUUAUAAUGGGCAAACCUAGCCACAAUGUGCCCGUGCCAUCUCAAAGUCAAACUUUAAGCUUAGGCCGCACAGACAUAAUAGCAAAUCAAGUUGUUAAAAGUCAGAUAACAUUGCCUGGCUCAUCUAAUGACGCAGUACCACAGCAGAGCACACAACAAACAUAUUUCACGAAACCCGGACAAAUAAUACUUGGUAAGCCUAUGGACCACCCGAUGUCACUGGACCAACAUAUUGCAUUAAUAACCCAGCAAAACGGGCCUCCUUCAACCCUUGAACCUGAAUAUCACCAACCAACUGUAACUCAAGUUAAAGUUGUAGAACAACCACAUUCUUCACAACAUGAUGUUAAAUCUUCUGAUUUCAUUGGUCAAUCUACAGACACAUCUUUCCCUCCUGCCCUAAAUACUGGAUUCAAACCCGAUUCCAUAGUAAUUGAAAGUGGUUUCAAACCCAUAAUAAGGGAACCUCUAAUGGCAAGCGAAGAUAAAAUUGCAGAAUAUGAAGGCAAUGCUAAUAGACGUGAAGAUACUGACGUUGAAGAAGACUAUGAAGAAUCACCACAAUACAUCAACACCAACCAUGCAUAUCCGAGCGACAAAAUGACAGAAACUUUUGAACCCAUGUUCAUUCCAUCUCCUCCGGAUCAUCUACUCUCAACUAACGAUAAAACAAAAGAAAUAUUUCCAAAAAAUCACGCCAAAGAAGAUAGGCCACAUCCAGUUUAUGUGAAGACAGAGUCUGAACUAAAUGCUUUAUUCAGUAAAAAAAAUAUAGAAAAAGAAGUUGGAUCUGAUUUAAUAAUGGAGUCAGAUAGAAUCAGACCAAGUUAUUUACCACCAGAUCCUAAAAUACCAAAGGAACACUCACAAAAGCUAUCUAAUGAUCAAACGUUUACAACAUAUGAUGGAAAAACAGUUUCCGCAGAUACUUUAACUAGUAUACCAGAUGUUAAUAAAACCCCCGUGAAACUUUUUUCAGCAAAAUUACCAGCCAAUACAGAAUUGCUGUUAAAAACACCACAGUUUGGCCCAUUUUUGGGUGAAAUACCGCCACAAGUAAUGGAACAUAUAAGAAGAGACGGAGCAAGUGCACCAAUAUCCAGUUUCAAGGAUACUCGGACAACUCAUUUAAAGUUGGUAAAUCCUUCUCAUAAACUUGAAGACUUGGAAGCAGAAGGAAGUGAAAUAAAAGAAAAAACUAUAAAAAGUAACUCAGAUAAAAACAACGAAGAUGAAGAUUUGGAAGAGUACGAGGAAGAUUUAGACACCGAUGAACAAUCGCGAACAAAACGUGACACUAAAACUGCACAGUUUGAGAGAAAUGAACUAGAAGAACAGAGGCAAGUUACUGAAAAAUUAAAUAACAAUAAAAUGAAUCAGAUGGAGUUUGAGGAGCAAUCGACGCAGGCUAACGGCUCCGAAACUAAGACUACGAGUUCAAUUGUGCAACUUAUUCUUUUAAUAUUAUGGUAUAAGGUGUGCUAAGAAAUAAGGGAGUUAUUUAUUUAUUGGUUUAAAUUAUUGGCUUGCCAUCAAAUGCAUUUCGUAUGUAGGCUGUGUCGCCACCAACUCUUCAGGUCCCUGACUUCUAUUACUCGAUUACCAGCUUUCGCGUAAUGCAAUUUAAUACUCUGUUAGUUUUAAAGAUGUUGUAAAUAUAUUUCUUUUAUUAAUUUUAAUAAAUUUAGAAUUAA